CAAACCACUGCUCGGGCACUGGGCUCUUCGAUACUUGUCUUGGGCCGGGCUGACUGGGGCUGGCCUGCAGUGUUUCCCUCCUCGCUCGCUCUUGUCUGCUCGUCUCGCUCUCAGGGCCUGCUUUCCUUUCCCUCUCCCCCCCAACCCUUCCCUCCCUCCCUCUCCCCUCUUCCCCUCGCCCUCCCUCCUCCCCUUUUCCCUCCCAGCCCCGCCUGCCUGCCUGCCUUCCAGCCGCGACCCCCACCACCUUUGCCCGCAGUGAGAGAUUGCGUUGUGUUAUGUUGCUCUUCUUCUUGUUCGACCCUCCGGCCCUCUCAAGGAUUUGCCUCGACACCGCGGAGCGAGCACGCGCACAGUGGAGUGGUGUGAAUAAGGAAAGGCGCGACGCAGUGGAGUGAAGGGAUGGAAGGCGAAUAGGAGUAGGAGCAGAAGUAGCAGACGAAACCCCGGGCGUCCGAGGCGACGACGACGUUGCCGACGUCGGCGAAGAGCAGCUUAGUGUAGUGAGGAACAGGUGGUCGGGCGUUUUGGUGUACCGGGUACCUCCGUUGGAGCUUUAUCUUCCUCGACUUGCCUCGAGUUUAAACGAGGUCAAUUACAAUCCAGGGAACUUCGUAGUAGGUUUCGGCAGGCGACCUCGCUCCUCUGCCCUCUUGCCCUCUGGCCUGUCUCUCGGACGGCCACCUUCCAGAAUGCUCCCACAGCCAGGGUUUGAUAGCAGUGAAGCAGAAACUCAGCAACAAGCCCAAUCUGCAGGCAUUCCAGUCCAGGGUGAAUACAUGUUGCCACACACCCAAUUAGAGCUCGGCCACUCCAUGGCUCAGCAGGGUGGACGACAGUUUCCUUUCGCAGAUCCUUAUUUCGGGGGGAUAGUUGCGGCAUAUGGUCCUCAGGCGAUGAUCCAUCCGCAUAUGUUGGGGGUGCAACAAGCUCGUAUGCCUUUACCGUCGUCAGAGUUGAUGGAGGAAGAACCAGUCUAUGUUAACGCAAAACAAUAUCAUGGUAUCUUAAGGCGCAGGCAAUCGCGUGCCAAGGCGGAGUCCGAGAACAAGUUAAUAAAGUCCAGGAAGCCUUAUCUGCACGAGUCUCGUCAUCUGCACGCUCUGAGAAGAGCCCGCGGUUGCGGAGGAAGGUUUCUCAACACAAAAUUGAAGGAAGAUUCGAAAGGCGAGAACCACAGAUCGACUGAAGGACAAUCGUCCGAAGGGAAUUCGUCCGGAGGUUACCACAGUCACCAUCAGCCUCAGGGAUUUCACUCGUCAGCUUUUCAUCCUCUGCCUGGAGGAGGAGAUGGGAACGACAGCGCGCAAAGUUCCCAACAGACAGCCGUGGCGACUCAAUGAAGCCGCGGCCCAAUGAAGUGUGGGCGAGGUGUUGGGGUGAGGUUUGGACGAGCACCCACAAGGCACCUUGAGAUGUAAAAUGUGUUGACGUCUAGUAUUGAUGUCUUCUCUCAACCUGAAUUAUCAUCCACUCGAUCGACAGUCAAAUGUUGGGGUCUGGGCGAUGUCCUUUCGAUCAUCGCCCAUCAGUUCAAUGUUUGAUUCGAGUUGCAGAUAGUGUUACAGCCUUGAAAGCAGUAUAUGGGAGGUGUGGUCUCUCUUGGUUUAGGAUUAUAGGUUCUUGCAUUUUUGUUAACAGCAAGAGCCUAUAAUAGACCAAAUUCCCGAUUUCAAUGAGGGCAGAGAGUCUGCAACAUGCAGCGCAAGCACAUUUCGGAGCUGAGCUGAGACGGUGUUGUAGUCUGCACCUUACUGUUCCAGAUCCAGGAAUGGUGUCAAAUAUGUGAUGGAGGUUGACCCUCAGUUGGAGAUGGUGGUUGUCAGGAGAGAAAAAUGUCCGAGGUCAGUUUUGAGUUAAGCCAAAGUUUUUUUUACCUGUUUUUUUUUCCCAAAACUUUCUUAAUUUCGAAGGUUCUUUUUUCCUUUCUCCGAAAUAGUGUAGAGCUGGUAGAGUGAGGUAUCCACCUCUUGGUCGUACACCACCUGGUUCUAGAUUCAGGGACAUGACCUGUGUAGAGGUCUCUUGUACAUUGGUAGAAGUAGUGUUAUGUCCCUUGAUGGUUUAUACACAGAAUUCAGGGAGGAGUGUCAAAUUCGACUUUGGAGUAGAUGUAGACUUGUGUUGCGUUUUCUCUUCUGUACGUUUAUGGAGAGGGUGAAGUGCACCCCAUGUGAGAGGCACAGGUGUUUUGAGAGGCAACGCCGUCUUUCUUUCCCUGCAAAUGAGUUGUACAAAAAAUGGCGACAAGCGCCUCCUUUUUUAAUACAGUUUCUGUAAAUUUUUCUGAUAUACAUUGCAAUCAA